AUGCCGCUGGACGCCUUCCAGGCGGCCGCUCUGCGGCUCCAGGGCCUGCUGGUCGGCGUGGGGAACGGGGAAGAGGAGCUGGAGCGCAGCAUGCUCAUCGCCGCCCCCCAGGAGCUCAAGCUGCUGGCGGCGACCGCGUCGGUGCUGCUGGCCCUGGUCAAGACGGCCGCCUGGCGGUGCGAGGAGCGCGGCAGCGCCGCGUCGCCGCGCCUCCUCCCCCCCGUGGUGGCGGAGGCGUGCCGCGCGCGGUGGCGCGCCGGCGAGGCCAUGUACUCCGGCCUGCGCCCGGCGCAGCGCGUCCUGGCGGGGCUGGCGGAGGGCCUGUCCAGCACCGCAGCCACACUGGCGGUGGCCGCCGCGCUGGACAGCAUGGCCCAGGAGCUGCUGGCGCGCGCGCCGCCGGGAACGGCGGCGGCCCUGCCCCUGGCCAUGGUGGCGGCCUGGCACGGCGCGGCGGCCUACGCCGACGUCGCGCCGGACGAGGAGGAGGCCGCCGUGGUGCGCGAUGCCGCGGAGAACGCGGAGCGGUACUACCGCGUGGUACUGCCCAGCUGGGGGCACACCCCGGCGGAGGCCAGCCGCGCCUUCCGCGCCGUGGCCGCCGCCUGGCUGGGCCACGCGGACGAGGUGGCGCGCGUCGCCGCGCUCAGCCGCGCGCUGGAGGCCGGCUACAUGCUGGCCGCCUGGAGGAUGACGGGCAGCACGCUGGUGGCGGCGGCCGUCGCCGCCGCGGGGGUGGGCGUCGACCUGCGCUGCUCCCUGCUGGCGGGGAAGCGGCGGCCGCUCCGGCGCGGCGGCGAAUGA